AUGGCCAAUUCACGCCGCGCUGUGGCUGCGGCUGUUCUCGUAUUUCUCAUCUUUUUCCUCACAUUACGCUCACACAGCUCGCCCGCGCAAUCGAGAGGCAGUGCCAUCCGCGCGCACGCUGCGUCAUCCGGCAAUGCUCACGACGACUCAAUGCGAGCGGUUCCGCAGAAGCCCAUGAUUGACAUGUCGCGAAUGUCCACGUACGACAAGCUUGCCUACGCGUAUCCCUACGACAUCGAGACCAAGUUCCCCAACUACAUCUGGCAAACUUGGAAGACAACGCCGGCCGACAGCAAUUUCGCCUUCCGCGAGCAGGAGGCAUCCUGGACCCUCCAGCACCCGACAUUCGUACACGAAGUCAUAACCGACAGCGUUGCUGAAAGCUUGCUUCAGCUCUUCUACGCCGCCGUUCCCGAAGUCCUCGAGACCUACAAUGCGUUGCCCUUGCCUGUUCUCAAGGCAGACUUCUUCCGCUAUCUGAUUCUGUUUGCGCGAGGCGGCAUCUAUUCCGACAUCGAUACCUAUGCCAUCAAGAGCGCUAUAGAAUGGGUCCCCUCGCACAUUCCUCGCGAGACUAUUGGCCUGGUCGUUGGUAUUGAGGCCGAUCCCGAUCGCCCAGACUGGGCAGAAUGGUACAGUCGCCGAAUUCAGUUCUGCCAGUGGACCAUUCAGAGCAAGCCCGGCCAUCCGGUGCUUCGAGACAUCAUUACCCGAAUCACCAACUCUACACUCGCAUUGAAGCGGGACGGCAAGCUUUCCUCGUUCCAGGGCAAGAACGUGGUUAAUCUGACUGGCCCUGCUGUGUGGACGGAUACCAUUAUGGACUACCUCAACGACGGCCACUUCUUUGACAUGAGAAAGAGCCAAGGCAAAAUUGACUGGCACAAUUUUACGGGUAUGGAAACGAGCAAGCGGGUGGGUGAUGUCAUUGUGUUGCCCAUCACCAGCUUUUCACCUGGCGUGGAGCAGAUGGGCUCCAAGGAUUACGACGAUCCAAUGGCGUUUGUCAAGCAUGACUUUGAGGGUACGUAG